AUGCCUAGUGAGGUUGAUGACACAUUAAAACGCCUGUCGAACCGUAAAGGUGUCAAGGGUGUGGUCAUUCUUAAUGGUGACGGUCAAGCUAUUCGCUCCACACUCGAUCCUGAAUUGACAGUAAAAUACGGCCGUUUGAUUUCAAGUCUUGUACAACAAACCCGCACAACCAUUAGUACAUUGGAUGACCAGAAUGAUCUUACGUUUUUGCGCGUACGAACAAAAAAGCAUGAGAUUAUGAUCGCACCUGACCGUGAAUAUCUCCUGAUUGUUGUCCAGAAUCCAGCAGAAACUAUGCAAGCCUAG